AUGGAAUCGAGAGGCCUCACGAAGCCCCUCCAGUGUAAGAGACACAAAAUCAAGACGCAGGAGAAGCUCAUCAAGAAGUUUCCUUACAGGUUAUCAUGGUUGAUGGAGCCCAGCCCAGAUUCCCCACAGUCUUGGAAGGCUAAGAGCAAAGCGUCGCUGAAGGACCAGCUGCCCUUACAGAAGAAACUGUUGCCAACGCGGUCCAUUCCCCUCCCAGGGUUUGGAGCUCCGGACUUUACAUCGUCGCCACCAUUCAGUUGCUGCUCACAGCCUCCGCAUCCUCCACUGUGUAACCUCUGGGAACUUAAAUUACUGCACCUCCGUUUCCCUAGACAAGACCUUAGCAAGCUGGCUCCUCAGAAGGCCAGUGCUGACCAGCCCUACACCAGUGGGGACAUGUUGGCAUGUGAGGGGACGUCUGUAGGGAGCAUAACAGUCGCUGCCUCAUUAGAGGGCAUGAGUGUGAUUAGCAGCAGCGUGCACAGCACUGAAGGUGGCAGCGUGUACCUCAAUGCAUCUGGAUGCGACACACCUGGGCGUGUGGCAUUAGAGCUGGGUGUCAGUUUCAGCAAACAGGCUCCAUCAGGGGCUCUGUGGAAGUUGAGCUGA